GCCGCCUCGCCCGCGUCCCCGCCGCUGCCCGCCUCCUCCCGCCCCGCCCGCCCUCGCGGAGGGCCUGCGCCCCUGCCCGAUGAAACUGGCGGCGAUGAUCAAGAAGAUGUGCCCGAGCGACUCGGAGCUCAGCAUCCCGGCCAAGAACUGCUACCGCAUGGUGGUCCUCGGCUCGUCCAAGGUGGGCAAGACGGCCAUCGUGUCGCGCUUCCUCACCGGCCGCUUCGACGACGCCUACACGCCCACCAUCGAGGACUUCCACCGCAAGUUCUACUCCAUCCGCGGCGAGGUCUACCAGCUCGACAUUCUCGACACGUCCGGCAACCACCCGUUCCCCGCCAUGCGGCGCCUGUCCAUCCUCACCGGAGACGUGUUCAUCCUGGUGUUCAGCCUGGACAGCCGCGACUCUUUCGAGGAGGUGCAGCGGCUCAAGCAGCAGAUCCUGGACACCAAGUCUUGCCUCAAGAACAAGACCAAGGAGACCGCGGACGUGCCCCUGGUCAUCUGCGGUAACAAGGGCGACCGGGACUUCUACCGCGAGGUGCCGCAGCGCGAGAUCGACCAGCUGGUGGGCGGCGACCCGCAGCGCUGCGCCUACUUCGAGAUCUCGGCCAAGAAGAACAGCAGCCUGGACCAGAUGUUCCGCGCGCUCUUCGCCAUGGCCAAGCUGCCGAGCGAGAUGAGCCCGGACCUGCACCGCAAGGUGUCGGUUCAGUACUGCGACGUGCUGCACAAGAAGGCGCUGCGCAGCAAGAAGCUGCUGCGGGCGGGCAGCGGCGGCGGCGACCCCGGCGACGCCUUCGGCAUCGUGGCGCCCUUCGCGCGCAGGCCCAGCGUGCACAGCGACCUCAUGUACAUCCGCGAGAAGGCCAGCGGCGGCAGCCAGGCCAAGGACAAGGAGCGCUGCGUCAUCAGCUAGGCGCAGCGGCCGGGAGGACCUCUCUUGUUUAAAAACAAAAUCCGACCCCCGGCCGGCCCCGCGCGCCCCGGGCCUCGAGAGCGCGCCUGGUGGCCUCCUCCCUCCCCAGGCCGGGCGUGCGCUUUGGGAAGGCGCCACUUGAGACGGGACGGUCAUCUGUUGUGGAAGCAAAGAGCUGGCGGAGACUGGCACUCUCCCACCCGCCCCGCCCCGAUGGGCGCCCCCACCCCACCACGCGGGGACAGGGUGCGGGAGAGGGGAGUGGGAGAGGGGGUGAAGUUCACCUGCCGCUGUCAGGUGUCAUGGAACCGUCCUGCCCCCUCCGCUUUGGAAGGGUCGGGUCUGGACCAACGGGGCAUUAUCCGGUCUGUGAUUCCACGUCCUCAGGAGGCUGGCCAAAGCCUCUGCCCUCCAGAAACCGAGGGAGUGGGUCAAAUCCUAGCCAAACGGCUUGUUUACAUGUGUGUGUGUGUAUGUGUGAAGUUGCACAAGGGAAAAAACACGAAACUUGCACUUUAAUAGUAGUUCCGCUGUCGACAUGGACAUGAACAAACUCUCCAGGCGUUUAUACUGUGAGGUCUUUACGGUUAUUAUUGUUGUUGGUUUUUUUGAUAUAAAAUAAAAUCAUUUGAAAUGAACAAA